ACACUACAACUCCCAUGAACACCACAUAUCCGGAAGCAAUUUGCACGUUCUGUUUCACACGCUGGCCCGCUAGCUUGUCAAGAGAACAAAACCACAUUUGGAGCCGUAUUCAUCGGGUCCACCCAGAAAAUGUCUGCAGCUAAAGUCAAAAUGCGACAGAAGAAACUGAGAAACCAGCCCGCGAGUGUGCAGUGUCUGUCAUCGUCUGUUCAUGACGAGGCCAGCACCCAUCCCAACGGUGGCGGUGGUGAUGGCCCAUCUGGCAAAGAUGCACUGUCACUCAGAAAGAAGAGGUCUCACCAAGAGACUGGGUGGGUCCGUGGGCACCAGAAAAGCGGCGAAGUCUAUGGUGACAAGAUGCCUCAGUUUAUUACUGCUGGAGUUUUUGCCAGGGCCAGGGCAGCAGAGGUAAGUGCCAUGCUGAAAGCUGUUACCAAGACAACAGGCAGCUGUCAUGUCUUUGGAGCGCUGCCGAGGCACAUGAGGAGAAGAGCGAUGAGCCACAACACUAAGCGUCUUCCUUGCCGGCUGAGAGAGAUGGCCAACAGAAUGAGAGAGAAAUGCCUGCAGGGCAGCGUUAAAAAAAAGGAGCAGGCUAAAAACAAGAGCCGCAAAGCCCGCCGCCGCCACGGGAACAUGCUGCUGGAGUUCAACCGACGGCAAAGAAAAAAUGUGUGGCUGGAGACACACAUUUGGCACGCCAAGCGUUUCCACAUGGUCAAAAAGUGGGGCUACUGCCUUGGGGACAGACCCACCUUGAAAUGCUACCGUCCCAGCUACAGAGCCAUGAGCACUCAUUGUCUGCUGCAGGACCUGUCGUACUACUGCUGCAUCGAGCUCCAGGGAGAGGAAGACAAGCUGCUUGAUUGUCUGUCCCAGCUGACCAGCAAGGAGGCUGGCCCUACGUUUGCUCAACGGUUGUGUCUGUCUGGACAAAGACAAGGUAGCUUAGUGUUGUACAGGGCUGGACAGUUCCCCUCACAGCCUUUGGGCUCGGCCACAUUCCUCUGGAGACCCCGCACGCCGGGCUCUGUUCACAGACAUCUGUGGACCUGGGUUCAUCCCACUCUUAAACAGGAUGUCCUUGCCGAGUUCCAAAGUGUGUGCCAGUGUCAGGCUGUGGUCCCACCGCCUGUGCCAUUGGUUAUAGAUGCAAAGGUUGUCUCCACCACAGAUUGGGAACCGAAGCCUGAGAGAAAGCACACGCCUGGAACCAAGAGGAAGCAAAGCGAUAAGGAUGCCGGUGGCCCUCUUGCCAAGAAGAUCCUGGGUGAUGGAACCAGAUCACCCGACACCCCUGUUACCUGGAAAUCGAGCUCAACUGGAAUAUUGAUCAAUGAUCUCACAAUGGAGAUUGUACGAUAUCGCCUGAUUGGACCACAGUCCCAUUCAGUGCUGACAGAAGCUUUGGAAGCUGCUACAGACUGUGAUGAAUCGAUCAAAUCACAGCCCUCCUGCCUCUGGUGGCCCAAUCACUGCAAGGAAGAAAGCAAGAUGAAGCUCCAUCAGCAGCAAACGGAUCUCUUUCACACACUGAAAGGUGUCUACUCAACUGCAGAGCUCCCCCCAGGCAUUGUGCUGGGGCUGACAGUUGAUGACCCUCGGCUCAGUAUACCGCCAAAGAGGGUGAAAGCUUUGUCCUGUGUAAAGGAGGCGCAAGAGGUGAGUGACGAGAAGAGAAAGGAGCUGUCUUUGCGCGGUGUACCAGAACACUGUUGUGAGAGUUUCCUGUGGGAACAGUCUGUGCGCAACAAUGUCACAGAGAAUAAAAUUUCAGAGCAGGACUUGAACCGUAUGAGGAGCGAGGUGCUUGUGCCCGGGUCCAGGCUUAACCCUGUUCCCCUGCAGGGCCGUGUUCCCAUCCUGCUGGUUCACCAGCCUGGCAAGCAGGUGGGACACGAGAUGAAUUCCUGGGGUGCCGGAUGGGACCUGUUGCUUCCGAAAGGCUGGGGCAUGGCUUUUUGGAUCCCACUGGUUUACAGAGAUGUUCGCAUUGGUGGACUAAAAAUGAGUCUGACACACUCUCAGAAUAAAGGCGUUCCUCACUUCCCCCACGAUUACCCCGACUGUCCUGCAGGGGCCCAUUUUCAGGGGGAGCAAGAGUCGGAGCUGUUGGAAAAGUUCAAAAGACGGCCACCUGCCAAAAGAACCAAUUACAUUAAACAUGGCUGCCUGGCUCCAUUCUGUUGCCCGUGGCAACAGCUGGCUGAGGAGUGGGAUGUUAUUGGAAGUGAAGGAGGCAUCCAGGCUCAAAGCGCAUCACUGGAUGACAUGGCGACGCGGGUCGAGAGAACAUCACAUCACCAAGUCCCUGUGACCAAGCAGCAAACACACUUCACUGUCCUGAGGACCAGGAAGUCAUUGAGGCUUCUCUCUAGUUGGUGCGGACCCACUUCGUCUCAGGGUCAGAGGUCGUACCGUGUCAGGGAAAUGCCAUCUCUGGACCAUACAGCAAAGAAAUCAUUCCUCGCAAGUCAUGGGAUGAGCUUGGUUUGGGUACGUCUGUCGGUGUUGUUGAAAGGCAAACCAGACCUCCAUGCCAUGGUGUCCGUGCCAACCGCAGAUGACCUCAAGCUGCUGAGCAGAGGAGGGCCUGGCAGUAGCGCCCCCCAGGAGCCACCCCACAGGGAUCACUUGAAAAGCACGCUCAAGCGUGGUAAGAAGGGUACCAAGAAAGUGGCUUCUGACACUCCCUCAACCUCCGGACAAAUGACCACAACGUCGAAUGACCCCCAGCUAUCUUGUCCCGCCUCUGAUGUUGUUUUGGGAGUGUGGCCAAAUCCCUUACCGAGUGUCACCUCUCACUGCUCCCGAGUAACACUUGGAUGGGUGACUCAAGCCGACUUCUCCCUGUCGGCAGGCUGUGGGGAGGCUCUGGGCUUUGUGAGUGUCACUGGCCUGGUUCACACACUCAUUAGUCAGCCCCUGGAACACAGAGGAACGGUGCUGCUACGCAACCCUAUGUCUCUGCAGUACCGCUUUGCAAAAAUUAACAUCGAAGUUUGAGUGGAACAAAUGCAGAACUUGCUUGAUAUGGAGGCUUUUUUUUCCCUUCUAGCUUUAUGGGGAACUGCUAGACAAGAAAGUUGCAUGAUGCUUUCUUUGUACAAUUAUCGAACUCAAACCAUAUGCCAUGUUUAAUUUGGGCUGUAAAAUAAACUGAUUAA